UCAUAUAUUUUAUGGAUGGGUAUCCUGCGCGCAUUAAAGAUGCUUGACUAUUUCAGCGUACUUUUAUCUUCGCUUUCGCAUAAUUUAUUAACAAGACAACGUGGUUCUGCGUACGUUUUAGAAUAGAUUAAAAUAGGUAUUAUCAAACUUAUAUAAUAUUAUUAUACUUAUUUUUGUAAAUAUAUGUACAUAGAACAAUAAAUAUUUAAGGAUGUAGAACAAUAAUUAUAAAGCUUAAAGAAAGAUCGAUUUUAAUAAUUAAUCAUAGAUUAAUAGCCUCUAGCCUCUCAAUCUAGCCAAUUAUAUUGGGCUAGAUAAUUUCUUACAAGUAAACCAAUUUUAAUAAUACGAAAUCUUUCUUUAAAGUUUCUCUCAGUAAUUAAUCUCGAAUUGAUUACAUAACAUUAAACUUUUAUCUAUCUCAUUUGAGAAUAAAAAUGUAGUUUCACUAGAAUUUUGUGGUCUAAUCAGACAAACUAUAACUAUAACUUUAAAUACAGUAGAAUUCAAAUUCCUAUUCUGGUUUGGAAUUUAACGCAAUUGUAGUAGUGAAAUAAAAAGUUUUCGUUAGCGUUUCGUUAAUUAUAAGAGGACACACUAAAAAAAAAAAGAAAACCACUUCCGGUACCGACCGAGUACAAGUAUCGGCAUCCUGUUAAAGUGUCUGAGUACAUGGUGAACGUACGUUAACACCGUUUGUGUUAUUGUCGGAGGGAGGAGAGAAGGAGAACGAAACACAGUGAAAGUGGAUCAAUACGCGGUGAGCGUGCGGACCGUCUGGCAGCGUGCGGCUGUUUCUCCGCGAAGCGAGGUCGCCUUGUCCGCGCUCGCAAGACACUCGCGGCGAUCGCGUUUGACGGAUAAGAAUCCUCGGUCCCUUUGACAGUCGUCGUGCGAUCGUCGGCCUCGCCGCCGAAUUCCACGCGGCAGACGUAGGGGAUGAAACGCGGGGUAGAAUCGUCGGUGUUCUAUCGAGGGUGUCCGACUCGGCGCGCGAGGCAUUUCGUCUUGGCGGCUCGGGAUUCGAUAUCUCGAGACGAUUAAGUAGAUUGACAGCUCUCGCCGGGAGGCUGUCCUCUCUCGUCCUUCGAUCCUCGAUUAAUUCUUCCCUUCUGCCUGUUUAUCACCGCGACCAUCGAAGGGUCGACCUCGGUCCCGCGUUACGAGAUUAUGCAGGCGCGGUAGUGACGGACAGACAACAGAUCGAUCCUCACUGCAUGAAGACGGAAAGAUUGGAAACUUCGCCGGUUCGCGACUGACGGCGAGUACGAAGAGGGAAUUAGAAAGCGGCUCUCGGGUCACCGGCGUGUACAUGUUACGUGGCCGAGAUGUACCUGUCUCAUCUUGUACGAAAGGCGAUCUGCAAGCAGGAAUUAACUUUCCUGCGAUUCCUGCGUUGGACCGUUCUGGUGCCGCUCGUGAUUUAUCUGUCGCUCCUAUUUGUCAAGUACAAUAAAAGCGUGCCUCUGAAAAGUUUAUCGACUCCGAGUGACCGAGAUAAAGACGGUGUCGCGAUAGACAGCCUGUUCUUCGAAUUGGAGGCCGUGACGGCCGGCAAGAAGAACUUGGCGGGUUACAAGAACGCGGGAAUCGAUCGGCACGGCGACGACGAGAGUGUACGAGAGGUCGUGGAGGCGGAGAAUCGUCAGGAUCCGCGGAACCUUCUCGAGGACAUUUUUCGGCGUGCCGAUACCGAUGAGAACCAAUUACUGGAUAUCCAGGAACUGGCCAAGUGGAUUCAUGCGAAAAUCACCGAGCAUAUUACGCGCGCUAUGCGAGAAAACGUCGGCUUGUUCACCGCGAUCGACAACAAUCCUAGAAACGGUGAAGUAUCGUGGGAAGAAUAUCACGCUUAUUUCUUGAGAACCCACGGUUUCUCUGAGACCUACAUAAAUUCUCACAAUAAGAAGCACAGUGAGAUGCCGAGGGCGUUGAAGGAAAGCAUAAUGAGGGAUCGAGCGCGAUGGACCGAGGCGGCUAGGAACGAUCCCGAAAAGCUGGCUCUGGACGAAUUUCUCGCUUUUACACAUCCCGAGAGCAGUCACAGAGCUCUUCUGCAAAUGGUGGAGGAUCUCUUUGAAAAAUUCGAUCGGGAUGGCGACGAGCAGCUUACGGAGGAUGAAUUCUCGGAUUUACCGUCGGAAGGGGUCGGUCUGGAUUUGCGUGAAGAUCGACAGCAGUCGAUAGGAGGCAGCGAAGACAGGCGUAAGGAGUUCCGACAUUUGAUUGAUAAGAACAAAAAUGGGAAAGCGGAUCGAACCGAGUUGCUGAUGUAUAUUGAUCCACGAAAUCCCAGACAUGCUAUCCAAGAGGCCCAACAUUUGAUCACUCUGUCGGACACGAAUUUAGAUGGAAAGGUGGAUCUUUCGGAAAUUCUGAGCAAGAUGGACCUAUUUCUGGACAGUAAGAUGGUAGACACUGAGAAAAGUUUCCACGACGAGUUUCGAUAAUUUCCGCGUACGAGCGUGGAAAGAAUGGUUUUGGAAAGAAAGAUUCCUUCGACAUUCGUACUGAGAGAUUAGACAAUAUGAUUUUUCCAUUGAUAAUCAAUGAGAGAUUAGACCAAUUACAGUUAAUUAAUCGAUUUGUGCAGGGUACAUACUAGCAAACUUUAAUAGAGUUUCUUUACGAAUGUUAAUCGACUUGUCGCGCAAAUAAAAAUUGUAGGCUUUUAGAACGUAUCUGUGAUAGUCUUUACGACGUAGAACAUCAUUUAAGUAGGCACAAUUAUUACAUAUGACAUACAUUUGUGACAUGUAUAAUAUGAUAGAUAAGUGUUACGUUAAUUCGCGAUGAAUUGAUUGGAUCAGAUUUUUUACAGCGUUAGAAUUAUCAAUAAUUACUUGCCAAUUGGAUGAACGAUGAUAAUACGGAUGAAGGGUUGCAAGUCCGUCCUAUCGUAGAUCUCUCUCGCGACUUCUAAGUGUUUCUCGUGUGUAACUCGUUCGUAAACUGUCUAGAAGACUUAGAUUUCAGAUGCGAAAAUUGGAGAAAGAAUUCUCUGUUUUGUAUCAUCAGUCUAAAGAUAUCGCUUAAAUAUCAAGCAAGAACAAAAUAUCAGAGAUAAUACAAUUUAAUAUAACUAUUUAAUUUGUGAUAUUAAUGGAGGUAAUUAAUAUUUAUAUACGUUAUGAUAA